CCUGGCGCCCAGCGUAGGGCCGCACUUCUGCGGUCCGAACCGGGCGUCGCCGUUGUGCUGCCCGGGCUGCGGUGAGGCGACGAGGGACGCUCGGCGGGGGUUGAGAGGCAGUGUUGGAAAAUGUGUGGACGAACAUCCUGCCACUUACCUAUAGAUGUUCUCACAAGAGCUUGUGCCUAUCGGAACAGGCAGGGCCAGCAGCAACUCCCAGAGUGGAGGGACCCUGACAAGUAUUGCCCCUCUUAUAACAAGAGUCCUCAGUCUAACAGCCCAGUGCUUCUGUCUCGACUGCACUUUGAGAAGGAUGCCGACUCAUCUGAGCGUAUCAUUGCUCCCAUGCGAUGGGGCUUGGUCCCGUCUUGGUUCAGAGAUGAUCCUUCCAAGCUGCGAUUCAAUACUUCCAACUGUCGUAGUGAUACCAUGAUGGAGAAGCAGUCUUUCAAGGUGCCUCUGCAGAAGGGAAGACGCUGUGUUGUGCUAGCAGAUGGAUUCUACGAGUGGCAAAGAUAUCAGGGAACAAAUCAGACGCAGCCAUACUUCAUCUACUUCCCCCAAAUCAAGACAGAAAAGUCGGGCAGUAUUGGUGCUGCGGACAGUCCUGAGGAGUGGGAGAAGGUAUGGGACAACUGGAGGCUACUGACAAUGGCUGGGAUCUUUGACUGCUGGGAGCCCCCAGAGGGAGGAGACAUCCUGUAUUCCUACACUGUCAUCACAGUAGAUUCCUGCAAAGGCCUGAAUGACAUCCACCACAGAAUGCCUGCCAUAUUAGAUGGAGAUGAGGCAGUCUCUAAAUGGCUUAACUUUGGUGAGGUCACAACUCAGGAAGCUUUGAAGUUAAUCCACCCCACAGAGAACAUCACCUUCCAUCCAGUCUCGCCUGUGGUGAACAACUCCCGAAACAACACUCCUGAGUGUCUGGCUCCAGUUGACUUGCUGGCAAAAAAGGAGCUCAAGGCAGGUAGCAGCAGCGAAAGGUUGUUGCAGUGGCUGGCCACAAAGUCGCCCAAAAAGGAAGACUCCAAAACAGCCCAAAAGGAGGAGUCAGAUGUGCCUCAGUGGUCCAGCCAGUUCCUGCAGAAGAGCCCACUCCCGCCCAAGAGAGGCAGCGCAGGACUCCUGAAGCGAUGGCUGAAGCAGGAGGAGGAGCCCCCGGCCAAGCAGCCUCAUUGCCAGUAACUCAGGGCUUUAGAGACCAAGGCCACAGUUUGCUGCAGUCUUUGCUGCUGCUCCUAACAGUUCCUUAAAGUGUGUGUGUGUGGUGUAUGUGUACUCCGGGGGGGCAGAGUGUGGUAAUUUGCUUUGGAUUGUUUCUAACAUGAGCGAGGAGAUAGGACAGUUUUAGUUGAUGGUUGUAGGCUCAUGGAGGGAGUGGCUGUUCCUGGCUGUGACUAGGAACCCAGCAUGGAGCUGAUGGGUGGCCUUGGAGAAAUGCCUACAGUUUCUGAGAGGAAGAGGAGAGGCCAACACCAUCACCAGCCCCGAAGGGCCCAGGCCCAGCAGGGCAGUAUGCCUGGGCAGACCUUUCCCAGUAGGGCUGGUGGAGGAGGAGCCUGCCUUGAGGCUUGACCUUGCUGGGCGCUCACACAGCCCUGGCCUGGUGCUUCCAGCAGGAGGCUGCUUCCUGUUCAGCCUUUGGACUCUUUCAGUCUUUUAGAAUUUUAAGUUCUUAAAACGUUUUUUGUUUUUGUUUUUGUUUUCACUGAAUAUAUAAAUUAUAUUUGAUAAUCUGUAUUUUGGAAAGUGAUGCUGGUGGGGCAGUCCCAGAUUUUACCUAGUUUUCUCCUGGCAUCAGUUCUAAGGAAUGGGUUUUGUCACAAAUGGGGAACACUGGGAUUUUUUUUGGAAAAACUCCUUUUUUGGAAACAAUAAAAAGGCUUGGUUGAAGGCA